AUGACUCAAACUCAGAGGACACUAGAGAGCCAACUCUCUCUCACACAAUCUGGCCAGAUUUCAGGAAGUCUGAGUUUCAAUGGAACCUUAACAAAAGAAGACGAAGAGAUGACCAAAUCUGCACUUUCCACUUUUAGGGCUAAGGAGGAGGAGAUUGAGAAGAAGAAGCUUGAGGUCAAAGAGAGAGUUCAAGCACAGUUGGGCCGUAUUGAAGAAGAAACUAAGCGUUUGGCCACCAUCCGUGAGGAACUAGAGGGGCUAGCAGAUCCUAUGAAGAAAGAAGUUGCUGUUGUUAGGAAAAAAAUUGAUACAGUGAACAAGGAAUUAAAACCACUGGGACAGACUUGCCAGAAGAAGGAAAAAGAGUACAAAGAAGCUCUCGAGGCUUUCAAUGAUAAGAACAAGGAAAAAGUGCAGCUGAUUACAAGAUUGAUGGAGCUUGUUAGCGAAAGUGAGAAAUUGAGGAUGAAGAAGUUGGAGGAGCUGAGCAAGAACAUAGAGACGGUAAACAUAGCCUAA